GGGCGGUACGCGCGGCCCGAGGGGCGGGGGCGGCGGGUGGCUGGGGGCUGGCGCGGGGGGGCGGGGGCGCCGCCUCCCUGGGCCUGUCGGGGCGACCGCCUCCGCUAUGCCGCUGCUAGUCGAGGGGCGGCGAGUGCGUCUGCCACAGUCCGCCGGGGACCUCGUCCGAGCCCACCCGCCUCUGGAGGAAAGAGCCAGACUUCUCAGAGGUCAGUCUGUUCAACAAGUGGGACCCCAGGGCCUUCUGUAUGUUCAGCAAAGAGAGCUUGCAGUGACCUCCCCAAAGGAUGGCUCCAUCUCCAUUCUGGGUUCUGAUGAUGCCACUACUUGUCACAUUGUGGUCCUGAGGCACACAGGUAAUGGGGCCACCUGCUUGACACAUUGUGAUGGAACCGACACCAAAGCUGAGGUCCCCUUGAUCAUGAACUCCAUAAAAUCCUUUUCCGACCACGCUCAAUGUGGAAGGCUGGAAGUGCACCUCGUGGGAGGCUUCAAUGACGACAGGCAGUUGUCACAAAAACUCACUCAUCAACUUCUUAGUGAAUUUGACAGGCAAGAAGAUGACAUUCACUUAGUGACAUUAUGUGUGACAGAAUUAAAUGACCGGGAAGAAAACGAAAACCACUUUCCAAUAAUAUAUGGCAUUGCUGUCAACAUUAAGACUGCAGAGAUUUACAGAGCCUCCUUUCAAGAUCGAGGUCCAGAGGAGCAGCUGCGUGCUGCGCGAGCUUUAGCAGGAGGACCAAUGAUUAGUAUUUACGAUGCAGAGACAGAACAAAUUCGUAUAGGACCGUACUCCUGGACACCAUUUCCACAUGUGGAUUUCUGGUUGCAGCAAGAUGACAAGCAAAUACUAGAGUUAUGCCUAGGGAGCAAUCUCUGCUGGAUUCACUUCGGGAAGAUACAGCAGAAGACAAGGGCAGGACCAUGUGCUUUUCUCUUUCUCUUGCUUCAUGCAAAGGAAAACUCUGAUGGCAGAAGGUUUCAGAAAGAGAAGCCCAAAGCACUGUGAGAUACAAAGUGAGUUUUCAUUUCAGGAAGAUGGGUGUGCCUAAGGCCUUGGGCAUCUGAAGUCAAUGGUAUUUACCUCCAUGCAAUUCUAAACAUUAACACAAUAAAUGAAAUAUAUGAAAAUGACCGUAAGAAUUAAACAUUAUAUGCUACAAAUUUCUUCACUUCAGGCUCACUGUAUAAUUAGGUCAUAAAUAUAGGCACAAUUUUUGUUUUUUUAGUGGAGCUACCACAAAUCCACUGAAACGCAUCCAAUGUGGAGAAAAUCAUUCUAAGUUGCUGAAGUUUAAAAAAAGUUAUUUGUUUUGAAAACAGAUGAAAUGAUAAUAGUAUACCAAGAUCUUGAUGUAGUUCACUUUCUUCAAACUUUCCUGCAACCGUUGACUCUGCAAAUGACAAAAAAUAGCGCAUGUAAUUUCCUUAGAUGGACACAGCACACGAAGAAGCAGUUUUUACGAGGGGCUGUGGAGGUCUGCAAACGCAGAUCUCAGACAAAAAGUCAAACGCGACUUGGUGGUUUCUAAGUUCAGCCACCCGUUUUUGUAUUUCGACAUCUGCAAAUAUUCCCCAAUUUUUCAUUUAAAAGUUACAUGUAGUAAUUCAAGAAAAGCAGCUUCUAGUAAGACACAGGAAUCUGUUGUAUUUGCAGUGUAAGUCUGUCUUUCAUUCAAAAGCUACUGAGUAUAAACAUGUGCAAGGCACAGUACCGAACACUGGGGGAGAUGACAACUGAGAGGCCACGGCGUGCUCAAGAGCUGGCAAUAAGAGCACAGACUGCCACUUACCACCUGCAGGACCACAGGUAAGUCACUCCAUCUGCCAGUCACCAGCUAUUUAACCUGUCUGCUUCAGUUCCCUCAAUUAUAAAAUGGGGAGGAUGGUAUCUAUCUCAUGUGGCUGUAAGGAUGAAACGAGCUGAUAUACAAUAAUAUAGAAUACAGCAAGUGCUUAGAAACAGGGUCUAGAAUGUAGCAUUGCUAGACUAAUGUCUCAAUCCCAGUCCCUCA